CCCUCGACCGACCGCGGCCGGCGCAGCAACCCGCGCGUCCCGAUCCCCGGGAGAGGCGGAGGCUGCGGGACCGCCGAGCUGUGCAGGAAAAGGCCGUGGGAUGCGCUUGGGCCCCGCGCCCUAGACAAUGAAGCCGCGGGCACCGCCGCCCGCAGUGGGCCCUGCGCGCCCAGGCCGCACCUGCCGGCGAGGCGGGUUCCGCGCCUGAGCGCCCGCCCGGCCCCCCAUGGCUCGGCUCCCCGGGCGCGGACCCCGGCACUCGGGCCGCGUGGCGCGCGGGCGGGCGGACUCCAGGGGCGCUGUUCCCGCAGCCUAAGCGCGGGCCUCGCUGCGCGCGGGGGGCGUGGGCGCCGCUCCCUGCCGGCCCGGGCUCUGCACCUGGCCGGCUCUGCGCCCGCGGCGCGCGUCCCGACGGCCGGCGGCGCUGGAUGCAGUCGGGCCUGGGAGAGCGGCGCGGCGGCCGCGGCCCCUGGGGACAUGUACCUGCUGGACGGCAGCGGCGAGCCCGCGUCGCCGCCCGCGGACGCGAUGCCGCGCGGGACGCCCCCCAGGAAGACCGUCUACCGCAUCUCGGUGACCAUGGUCAGGAAGGAGCAGCUGGCCGCUCCUGUUCCGCGCCCCGCUCGGCGGCCCCGGCCCGCACGUUCUCCGGACGCGCCCGGGCGGCUGGAAGAGGAGGCCGAGGAGGCGGCGGCUGAGGAUCCUGAGGCCGGGCCGCGCGCCUGGGACUUCCGCGCUUUCCGCACACGCAGCACCGGACAGCUGGAGCUCGGGCGGCUGCGGCCAUGCACACGCGGCGCGGAGCCCGCGGACCUGAUGGGAAGCCCCUCGGCCGAGGGACCCAGCAGCCCCGAUGGGGAGGAGGCUCGGGCCGCGCCCCUGCGGCGGAGCCUCAGCUUCAGGCACUGGAGCGAGCCCGAGGCGCCGCGGAGCCCUGCGCUGAGCGGCGGGAGGCGCCACAGCAGCUCCGGGAGCCUGGCAUGGGCGCCUGAUGACGAGGUCGAGGCUGAGGUCGUCCCGGAGCCGGUGGCCGGAGCGCAGCCCGCGACGGAGAAGCGCAACACCUUGGAUGUAGGCGAGGUGCUCAGCAAGAACGAUGCGCUCUCGGACCUGGAGCGCUGGGAGCGCAGCAAGAGCAAGAACCGCACGCUGGACAACAGCGACCUGCAGCGGCUAGAGCGUGCGCGGGCCGCGGCCGCUGGCCCUGGGGCAGCCUCGGAGCACCGGCUGCUGCGCUUCUUCAGCGGCAUCUUCGCGCGCAGGGACGGCGGGCCCUCACCCCGCAGCGGUGCCCUGCGCUCCCGCGGUUACUUCAGCCUGCGGAGGGCCCCGGCCGACACACAUUCGUCCAGCGCAGAGAGCAUCGAGGGGUCCCCGCGCAGAGAUGCUUUCGUGAACAGCCAGGAAUGGACACUCAGCCGAUCUGUACCGGAGCUCAAAGUGGGAAUUGUGGGUAACUUGGCCAGUGGCAAGUCUGCACUGGUGCACCGGUACCUGACUGGCACAUACGUGCAGGAGGAGUCUCCAGAAGAUAUGGACGCAGGUGGCAGGUUCAAGAAGGAGAUUGUGGUGGAUGGCCAGAGUUAUCUGCUGCUGAUUAGGGAUGAAGGGGGCCCCCCUGAGGCACAGUUUGCCAUGUGGGUGGAUGCGGUCAUUUUUGUCUUCAGCUUGGAGGAUGAGAUCAGUUUCCAGACUGUCUACCAUUACUACAGCCGAAUGGCCAACUACAGGAACACCAGCGAGAUCCCACUCGUGCUGGUGGGGACCCAGGAUGCCAUAAGUUCCACCAACCCGAGGGUCAUCGAUGACGCCAGGGCGCGGAAGCUCUCCAAUGACCUGAAGCGGUGCACGUACUACGAGACGUGCGCCACCUAUGGGCUCAACGUGGAGCGGGUCUUCCAGGACGUUGCCCAGAAGAUUGUUGCCACGAGGAAGAAGCAGCAGCUGUCCAUAGGCCCCUGCAAGUCCUUACCCAACUCUCCAAGCCACUCCUCUGUGUGCUCCGCCCAGGUGUCAGCCGUGCACAUCAGCCAGACAAGCAACGGAGGCGGCAGUUUAAGUGACUACUCCUCCUCCGUCCCCUCGACCCCGAGCACCAGCCAGAAGGAGCUUCGGAUCGACGUCCCCCCCACUGCCAACACCCCAACGCCUGUCCGGAAGCAGUCGAAGCGCAGGUCCAACCUCUUCACGUCUAGGAAAGGGAGCGACCCAGACAAAGAGAAGAAAGGCCUGGAGAGCCGCGCGGACAGCAUCGGGAGCGGGCGAGCCAUCCCAAUUAAACAGGGCAUGCUGCUGAAGCGAAGUGGCAAGUCGCUGAACAAAGAGUGGAAAAAGAAGUACGUCACCCUGUGCGACAACGGCGUGCUGACCUACCACCCCAGUUUACAUGAUUACAUGCAGAAUGUCCACGGCAAAGAGAUUGACCUCCUGAGAACCACUGUGAAAGUGCCAGGGAAGAGGCCGCCCCGAGCCACAUCAGCCUGUGCGCCCAUCUCCAGUCCCAAAACCAAUGGCCUGUCCAAGGACAUGAGCAGUUUACACAUCUCACCAAAUUCAGGGAAUGUCACUAGUGCGUCUGGGUCUCAGAUGGCAAGCGGCAUCAGCCUGGUCUCCUUCAACAGCCGGCCCGACAGCAUGCACCAACGCUCCUACUCAGUCUCCAGUGCCGACCAGUGGAGUGACGCUACCGUCAUUGCAAACUCCGCCAUCAGCAGUGACACGGGGCUGGGUGACUCGGUGUGUUCCAGCCCAAGUAUCUCCAGCAGCACCAGCCCCAAGCUUGACCCGCCCCCCUCCCCCCACGCCAACAGAAAGAAACACCGGAGGAAGAAAAGUACCAGCAACUUCAAGGCUGACGGGCUCUCGGGCGCAGCUGAAGCCAAACGCAAAGCAUGGAAACUAAACCGUGUUGGUAGCCUGCGCAACAUAUACAGCAGCAGCAGCACCAACACCGAAGAGCAAGAAGAAAACUUUGAGUUUAUCAUUGUGUCCCUCACUGGCCAGACGUGGCACUUUGAAGCUACCACGUACGAGGAGCGAGACGCCUGGGUCCAAGCCAUCGAGAGCCAGAUCCUAGCCAGCCUGCAGUCCUGCGAGAGCAGCAAGAAUAAGUCCCGACUCACCAGCCAGAGCGAGGCCAUGGCACUGCAGUCCAUCCGGAACAUGAGAGGGAACUCCCACUGUGUGGACUGUGACGCCCAAAACCCUAACUGGGCCAGUUUGAACUUGGGAGCCCUCAUGUGCAUCGAGUGCUCAGGGAUCCACCGGAAUCUUGGCACCCACCUCUCUCGGGUCCGAUCUCUAGAUCUUGAUGACUGGCCCAUGGAGCUGAUCAAGGUGAUGUCGUCCAUCGGGAAUGAGUUGGCCAACAGCGUGUGGGAAGAGAGCAGCCAGGGACGGACAAAACCCUCUUUGGACUCCACAAGGGAAGAGAAGGAACGAUGGAUCCGGGCCAAGUAUGAACAGAAACUCUUCCUGGCCCCCCUGCCAUGUACAGAGUUCUCCCUGGGCCAGCAGCUGCUGCGGGCCACUGCGGAGGAAGACCUGCGGGCCGUCAUCCUGCUCCUGGCCCACGGCUCCCGGGAUGAGGUGAAUGAGACCUGUGGGGAAGGAGACGGCCGCACGGCACUGCACCUGGCCUGCCGCAAGGGCAGCGUGGUCCUGGCUCAGCUGCUAAUCUGGUACGGGGUGGACGUCAUGGCUCGCGACGCCCACGGGAACACGGCACUGGCCUAUGCCCGGCAGGCCUCCAGCCAGGAGUGCAUCGACGUGCUGCUCCAGUACGGCUGCCCGGAUGAGCGCUUCGUGCUCAUGGCUACCCCCAACCUGUCCCGGAAGAACAACAGCAGGAACAACAGUGGUGGGAGGGCGCCCAGCAUCAUCUGAGCUCAGCCAGCCCUGCACCUGGGGUCCCGCGCCCGCCCGCCCGCUCCGGACUGCUCCGGACUGCUCCGGACUGCUCCGGACCGCUCCGGACCGACUGUCGGCACAGCACGUGAGUCCCUCAGUUCCCUCCCUCCUCCUGGUGGUCACCUCCACCCACCUGCCACUCACACACCCCACCCGAAGUCUCCAAACCCGGACAUCCUCAAGGGGAGAAGAGGAGGCUGGAGGCCACAGCACUGAACCCUUUCCCCACACUCCGGAAGCAGCGCAGGAGGGACCAGAACCUCGCGGCUCUGAGGAUAGCACACGGCGGGGGACCCCUGUUCCGGUGACCGGGAGCACAGGGCGAGGGGUAGCAGCAAGGAGAAGGGGCAGCUUCCCCUAACUGGCAGUUAAGCACAUCAGUACAUUUCACCUCGACCAAAAGGAGGCUUGGCUUUCACGUCUUCUCGGGGGAGCUUGACGGCAUAAAUCAGCAGCAAGCACAGUUUGUCAGGUCUGAAGCCCCUAUGAUGGUAGGUGUCAAAUCAGUUGUAGCUAAUCUGUCCAGGGAGAAUACUGGCUUCAUUACACUCGUACAGUCGGGUUCCUCCAGCAUUACCGCUGUUUAAUAGAACGUGAUUAGUCAUCACCGGGAAGAAGGCAUAUUAGCCGAGGAGGUAGUUACACGGCACGCUCCGGUGAUUGCCACGAUGUGAUUGCAGUGCGCUUAGAAGCAUCAUAUUAUCCCAGACAUGUCUCUCCAGCCCUUGGAGCCCUCCUUUCUAAAUUCACUGUCAUAAUUUAGUAUCUGUUUAAUUUUUCAGCCCAAAGAGAGGAAAUCAGUUGCCGGGUAUUAUUUGACUGCAAUCCUCCUCCCUUGGUGCAAAAACAAAGUGGAAAAAAAAUAAAUAAAUAAGAAUAACUUGGAAAUUCAAAAAGAAAUCAUGAAUCCAGCUGAAAAUAGCUUCUCAAGUAUGCUCCAAAACUAAGUAAAUAUAGAAAAUGCUAUUUUUUCCCCUAAGAGAGAUUUUCUGUCCUUUGACCACAAGGGAUACGUCAGGCCUCAGUCACUCCCGAUCCACAAGGUCUGAGUUACCCGCGUUUCUGUCGUAGAGAAGAUGUGUGAAAAUCUAUUUGAAUAAAAGAAGUUCAUAAAUAUGCAUUGAUUUUUGUGCAGACAAAUAGCACCUCUGUUAAUUUAUAAAUUGAGCUGGAUGGGAACUAAUAAUGUGCAACUAGUUGAGAUCAGAGGGUUACAGAUCAUUGUGCAUGGGAAGUGCCCCCCAGCAGUAAACACUUCCAUUAAUGUGAUAAACAGCUUUUUUAAAGGUGCAUAUCAGAAUAAAAUGGGGUACAAUUUGUUUAUUAAAAUCAGGAAGGGAAGGGGGGAGGGGAAGGAGCGUCUGAGUCCUCAUCCCAAAGCCAGGAUUUAGAGCCGAGACCACUCUUCCCAAGCAAAAGUGAGGGGCUGUGGCAAGAAGGGGUGAUUUGGGGAACACCAGCCCCAUAAAGGCACCCUGUGAGUGGCUGCUGACCGCUCUGGGGCAGCCGGCUCCUGAGAGCCUGUGGACUCUCCGGUCCACCCCGUCUGUUUCUAACAGGAUGACUGGUUUGCCAUUGUGGGCCACCUUCAGCAUGGCGGUCAAGAACACCAAACCGUGACACUAUUUAGUUUAAAAAAAAAAAUGAGGGAGCAGCCUUGCCCGAGAGCCCUCGUGGCGGCGUGGCGGGGAGAAGGCCAGCACACUGGGGGACAGGACACUGGGCAGAGCCACCCCUGGUACCUGUGGAGAGGCUCCUUGCUCUCAUAUACUGAACUUUAUAUUUUGUAAGAGUUUUUCCUCUUCUUUCACUUUUUAAAAAAAAGAAUUUAAGUAGAUGGGAACAGAAGUAAAGCCUUGCACAGCAUUUCUCUGUGGGUAAGUGUCUUGUGGAGACCUCCAGUCUCAACACAGCUGGAACUGACCGGUGUCCAAAAACACGUCACAGGUGCGAAAGCCACAGGUCUGAGACUCCUGAGCUCAGUGCCACAAGCCCUCCAUCUGGUUUUUCAUCCUGCUCUCCACCACUGUGUUGUUACUCCAAAUGUGAAUAGAGAAAACAAGCUGUCAUUGCCUAUUUUUGAAGAAUGCAUUAGCAUCCGACCCUGCAGUCCACAUUCGCCUCCACGUAGCCUUUACCAUAGACGUCUGUAGAGAACACAGCUAGAGUUUAAAGAGAUUCUUAAAUUAUUUCAGUGUAGUUGAUUCCCACUAUGGGAGUGCUUUUAUCACCGGGGAGCCAACUGCAGGAAGGACGUGGGACCCUUCCUCCAGCUUCUCUUGGGGUGUAUAUGAGUGUGUACAUAUUCUUAUGUGUUUAUAAUAGGAUAUUUUCCCGAAUGACUCCUUGUUCCACAUCGCCCUCCACUGCCUGAAUGCUCAGUUGCUCGCUCUGGUCCCCUCCCUCCCUCCUCCCUGCCUCCCUCCCUGCCUCCCUCCUUCCCUCAGUCACUCGGACAUCAUCAGCUCUUCCUCAGAACACGGCCCCUGCCCUGCAGUGUGAGCUGGGCUGGCCUGUCCAGGAGGCAGCCCACCUCUCCUAAGCCUGAGUCUUGACAACAGAGAAUGGUGAGAGGGGCCUCUAGAGCUUUCUGUGCAGAUAAAGGAGAGAGGCGGCCUAGCCUGCGCCUCUAUUUCCCCUCCGGAUCCGAGUCCUUCCCUCAAUGACAAGCUUCUUUCUCUCAUUUUCCAGCUGACACCAAGGCAGAGGUCAAACAAGGAUGAGGGGUGUGGGGAAGGGAGUUGGGGUUUUUGUGGAAAACUCCGCCACAGUCAGCACUUCCUUCAGCGUGAGACACUUUUUAAGGAGCACGUCAGAAGAAGGUGGUCCGGUGGACUUACUAAAAUCAAGACAGGAAGUGGGACAAGUCAGAGAAGCAGGUUAAGGGGAAGGAGCAUGGGAACGCUCCUUCCGGAUGCAGUGUUAGAGCUGAGACCCCUUCUCCUCCAGGAGCGAGGGCCUCUGGGAAGUGACGGAUGUGAGAAGCCCCCUGCAAACCAUGCAAGCUUUUGUGCUCCAGGCGAAUUUCCUCUCUUGUUGAGACGUAGUCAGCUGGGGGCCGACAGCAAACAGGCCUGCGACUUGUCCAUCACCUGUCCUGGGGAGGUGGUCUAGCCUGUGGCUACCUCAGCUGAACUCCUGAUGUCCUCCCCAGGCCUGUGAACAGUAUCGGGAGGAAAGUGAAGCCCUCCUUACUCUCCCCACUUCUGAGAAAGCCCCCCCCCCAAUUUGUCUUGCUUUACAGAGAAGAGCUGAGCACCGCUCUCCUACCAUCCCCAAGUGUCACUCAAGCCUGAAAUGAGCCUCCUGUCCUCCAGCCUUGUCCCUCUGCUGUUGGCUCAUCAAAUCUCCUCCCUGCAGCUCCCACGAGGCUGCUGGGACACGCGUGCACACACACACACACACACACACACACACACACACACACACGCGCGCGCGCGCUGUCAGUGCGCUGUUCCCAUUAACUUUGAGGAUCAUAGCACCUCGGGCCCUGGGCUUCACUGCCCCAACUGUCCCCAGAAGAGCAUGGUCGGAGCGCUCUGUGGCAUCCUCCUGCUCUGUCAAGCCCCACGGUGCUCUUAGUUGCCGAGGUUGCCACCAUCCUUCCCUGUAUUUAGGCUAUUUGAUGGCUGAGAUGGGCAAUCUCCAUCGCUCCUGGGGACCCUACAGCACCACAGCGAGGAGGAGGAGGACGAGGAGGAGGAGGAGGAGGAGGAGGAGGAGGAGGCGGCUUGCGAUCAGGGCCUCCAAGCUGCCGGGAGCCUGAGGUUUUUGAGAGGCAAGCCCAUGCCUUUUGGUGGGCUCUCCUUAGCUCUUCCGUUUCCAUCGGUCACACCCUACAAGGUCCCUGAGGCUUUGCCAGAACCACGUCAGGGUUGUAUUUAUGGCUUUGAAGCAAACAAAUUGAAAAGCAGUCAGGGAAGGGAUUUACAGAAAUGUGACACCGAUGAACAUCUUUCCUUUAAAAAAAAAAAAACAGUUUAUCCCCCACUGCUUCUGUUGGGAAGGCACAGCUGGAGAUGAUUCCACUCCUGUCACUCACCGGAAGCUGUCAGGGCCACUGGUAUCCCGUGCGACCUUCUCUUCCAUUGUAUCUUUUGGAUUCUAAAUGGCCCCACCCCUGCCAGGCCUGGCUGGCACACAGCGGACAGAUGGACGGACGGACGGACGGACGGGAGAACCACGCGAUCCAGCUGUUUGUGUCUGGCCUGUUUGGGGGCCUUCUCUUUUAAAGCACUGAGGUAGCUGGGUUUGGGGCCAAAGCGUAACAUUCCUCCUUGAGGGGAGAGAAAGGGAGGGAGGGCCAGGGCCCAGCUCCUCUCUGCAGCCCAGGUCCUCAGGCUUUCAUUCCCACCCCUGGAACAUCUGUAAGAGAAGCCAGCACCCAGAGUCAGGGCUUAUCCUCAGGAGGAAAGAAACCGCCGGCCAUCUGGACCUUAAUGUUUCAGGACACAGUCUCUCCCUGCUCAGAACUCCUGGCCUGUGGGGCUUCUUCAGAUGCUAAGAUUUCUGUUGAGUUCCUGUGCCUGCUGCUCUUUAGACAUUGGUUUGCACCCUGAGUCAGAGUUGAGAGAGAACAUUUCAUCGUAGAUGAUUCUAAACAGCCAACAAAGCUUACGUCCUUCGGUUUUAGCAGACCCAGGUCAGGUGUGUUUCCGUGCCAUCCACCCGGUGACCCCCUGCCCCAGGCAAUGCGCAGGGAGGCCUGUGGAGAAGCUGCCCCCUUCCCCUCACCCCAAGAGGCCUGUUUUCCUGUAGAAGAGCAGUAUUUAGUUUGGGGUUUGCUCCUGUCUGGUGAAGGCGUUCUGAACUGAGGCCUCUUCCGUAGUGAGCCUCGGGUGGGUGUGGCACCCAGCACAGGCUGCCGCUUUGGGUCCCAGCAAGUGGCCUUGGUGAGUGAGAGAGGUCAGCUCAGGGCUUGUCUUUAUUUUGCUGGGCACAUGGCAUCUGCAGGGGACCCCCUGGGGGUCAUGAAUCAAGCCAUAGGAUGGACUCUCCUGCCAUAGGGGAGGACUGAUCUGGAAUUCUGUGUGCAGGGAAUUACAUAGCCUUUGUCUUGUUGUGGGUGAGAUGAAGGAACCAAGAGGUGUGAGUGGGUGGGGGGUGGGAUUAGGCCCAGAGGAGAGUCCCUUGGCACGCUGCUGCUAGGAACCCUAGGAACCCAUCCUAGGAUCACAUUGUACCCCAAUGUCCAGGUUCAGGACUGUAGCCACAGGAGCCCAAAUAUUCGUGUGGUUGUUAGAGAGGGCUCUCAAAUGCUUGCAAAAAGACACACUUAGCAAACUGCUGGGUGGGUCGUGUGGACUAAUGGAGGGCAUUGAGGAGAAAGACCUAUGUAGCCCAGAACAGAACUGUAAACAGCCCUCUAUCCAUAGCUGAGAGGCUGGCAAGACACCGGACCCACCUGCCUCUUCAGGAUGGGCAGAGAAGGGGCCAAGGGUGCUGUGCAGUCCACAUGUGGCUUCCAGUACCUGCUCUGGCACGCACAUUUUGCUCACCUACCAGGUCCUGAAGUUUUCUUACCCAGGUGGUACUGAGGGUACCCAGGGCAGCCGAGUGGAGACCUGGCUUUUGUGUGACAGGCAGACAAAAGAUACUUUCAAAACGUCCCUGUGACCAGAAAAGAAAGACAUCUGCACCUUCCUAUUGAAAAUAACCCUCCUCUUAUACCUAAAAACCAUCCCUUCCCUUCCCCACAUUGUGGGGUUUUUUGUUUGGUGUUUUGUUUUGUUUGGGGGGGGGUGAUAGUUUUCUUCUAAAAUGUAUCAGUUCUCAAGAUGAGAACUGGUCCACCAGCCCUGAGAACUGGAAGGGUGUUGAGCUCCAGGAAGGCACAGGAGGUGGCUGGCCCCUACAGUGGCCCGAGGCUGGACCUGCAGAGGACAGAGUCCCCGGCAUCCUCUCUUGCCCUCUUCCCAUCCUUCCCCCCAGGUCCCCCGAGUCCUCAUCUUGCCACAGGAGCAUCUUUGCAAAGAGAAAACCCAGGGCAAGGCAGGGUACCAAUGGCACAUUUCUGGGUGGGAACAAAGAAGGCCACCUCACCUGCCUAGACCCAUCUAGAAGGCUGAAGCACAGUGGGGGCUUCUCCGAAGGGGGGGGUCCGUCUGGGGCAUUUUGAUAUUACCUCAUUCCAUAACUCCAUGUUUCCGAUGACCGAUGGCUUUAUUUAUGCUGUUUGUCCUGUAAUUAAACCAUCCACAGACAUCCUCUCCGCUCGUCUGUUCAUGCGACCUUGUUCGGGUUCAAUCUGCUGGUUUGGAUUUUCUUGCCUUGGGAUUUUGUGUCAGCUGUACAGUAUUCUAAGGGGAAAAGCAAAGGAAAAGUGUGUAAAGUAAUGGAGAGAGGUGGUUAUAGUGUAGAGACCUCUUUCUAAUAAAGAAAUGAAAAUAUGUA